ACAUAAUUUGACACGUCAUCAACCGUGCGCCGAAAUUGCUCACGCAUGCGCAAAGCGUGGGGCUAACAAAUUUCAAACUGGACGGCGGGUAGUUGAAGCCUAGUACGCAAAAAAAAACACAGGUUCAUUGUCACGAAUAUAGCCCAAAAGUGUAAGAAAAUGACUAGCACGUUGAAAGGAAUUACCCUCAAGGGAAGCGCCGAGCUAGUGGCCGAGUUCUUCUCGUUUGGCAUCAACAGCAUCCUGUACCAGCGGGGCAUAUACCCUCCGGAGACCUUCAGCAGGGCCACCAACUACGACAUGAGCCUUCAACUUACCACUGAUCCCAAACUGAAGAACUACCUGAGCAACGUGGUGUCCCAACUCAAAGAGUGGCUGUUUGAGUGCACCGUGCAGAAGCUGGUGCUGGUGAUCACGUGUCUGGAGACCAACGAGGUGCUGGAGAGAUGGCAGUUCGACAUCGAGUGCGACAAAUCGGCCAAGGAGAGCAGCGCUCCCAGAGAGAAGUCCAUCAAGACCAUCCAGGACGAGAUCCGCUCCGUUAUCCGACAGAUAACGGCCACCGUCACUUUCCUGCCGCUGCUGGAGACGCCAUGUGAGUGCAUUGACCUCCUCGUCUACACAGACAAAGACCUGGUGGUUCCCGACAAGUGGGAGGAGUCUGGGCCGCAGAUCAUCGACCAAUCGGAGGAGGUGCGUUUGCGCUCCUUCACCACCUCCAUCCACAAGGUGAACAGCAUGGUGGCGUACAAGAAGACCGACUCGGUGUAGAUGUAAAUCAAGCGCCCCCCCCCCCCUUCCACCCUAUGAGCUGUAUAUACAACCCAGCGCUGUCCCUUUUUAUAGAGUAGGUUUUACAGUGCACUCUCUGCGUCUCUGUCCAGUAUUCGGAUCUUUGUCUCGCUUGUCUUUUUGACGAGGACGUGGCACCAACCUGCUCUGUCUCCACUGAUGUAAAUAUUUCUCAUAAAGCAGUGAUUUCUUUAUUAGAACGACUGUUUUCUUUAGUAUUCCCCCCCCCCCCCCCUUUCUCUCAAGUUGUCAACCUCUGUUUUAGAAGCUAGUGGUUUAUAUGUUAAACUUUUAUAAAAUGUCCUAAAUAAAUGUCUUUCACUAAG